UUCCCGCUCUGGUCAUACUGAAUUUCUGAUUUUUGCAAAUAAAAUAUUCGCACACAAAGUAAGCACUUUACCAAUGUUAUGUGUACUAUAUAAUCGUUCAAAUACCUGUUCGAGCCAUCUCAAUGCCACUGAGAUCGAUCAACUACUCCCGCGAACCGAGUGAAAUGGAAAGAAAGUGAUUCGAUUCGCCCCACGAACAACAGUUUGUGUGUGUUUGUAUUUAGUGACGUGCUGCUCUACUCGACUGCGACGGAAAAGACAGUACAAAACAAGAAAUUUUGGAUAGCUAGAGAAUUACUCACGUAGUGCUGGAUUGAGCCAUGGAAAAGUUUCCGUUGAAGGGCAGCAGGGAGGCUGCCGCGGAGGGCAACAGCUACAUAACCGCCUACCAAACGGUGAUGAAAAAGUCCAACGGACAUACGAACGGAACGGGCGGCGACGGCGACAUCGACGGAGCUUUUCGUGACCACCCGCUGGCCCAGCACUCCAAACUGACUACCUCGCUGACGGCGACGGGCACCGACGACGAGGACAUGAUCGACAUCACACCGCGCUCCAGUCCGGGCGACGUGAUCGGCGGCGGCGGAAGAGGAAGCAGUAGCGGCUAUCACCGGGAAACGGCAACCGAAUCGGACACCGAACGAGAUUUCGGACACUCAAUCGGCGGCGGCAAUCAUCACAAUCAGCGGACAAUGCACCACCAGCAUGUGCCAACUCACAGUGCCUUCGGCGAUCCCAUGGACGGAGCACUAUCCUUCUACGGUUCCUCGGAUGUACAAGAUGAUAUUCCUGGCAUUGGGCAGUACGAAGAUUUCCACACCAUCGACUGGCAGCGGGACAUUGCUCGUGACCGAAUGCGACAUCGCUACAUAGUCAAGAAACGGCAGGACUCCUUGUGGGAUCUUAUAAAGGGGUCCAUUGAUGCCGGAUCUGGCUGGCUAUGCGUUUUGCUUGUCGGUAUUGCCGCGGGCUGUGUGGCGGGCAUGGUAGACAUUGGAGCCAGUUGGAUGUCGGAUCUGAAGCAUGGCAUUUGUCCACCUGCCUUUUGGUUUAAUCGCGAGCAAUGUUGCUAUCCGGCGAAGCAGUCGGUUUUCGAAGAAGGGAACUGUUCGACGUGGAAAACCUGGCCAGAGAUCUUUGGCCUGGAUCGUAAUGGCACCGGACCAUAUAUCGUCGCCUACAUCUGGUAUGUGCUGUGGGCCUUGUUAUUCGCGUCGCUCAGCGCAUCUCUGGUGCGAAUGUUUGCACCGUAUGCCUGCGGUUCGGGUAUUCCGGAGAUCAAGACCAUCUUGUCGGGCUUUAUUAUACGCGGCUACCUGGGCAAAUGGACGCUGCUGAUCAAAUCGGUGGGCCUGAUGCUGUCCGUGUCCGCUGGCCUGACUCUGGGCAAGGAAGGACCAAUGGUUCAUAUUGCCAGCUGCAUUGGCAAUAUAUUCUCGCACGUAUUCCCCAAAUAUGGUCGGAAUGAGGCCAAGAAGCGUGAGAUUCUAUCGGCAGCAGCAGCGGCAGGUGUUUCUGUGGCUUUUGGCGCACCGAUUGGUGGAGUUUUGUUCUCCCUGGAGGAAGUUUCCUACUACUUUCCGCUAAAGACAUUGUGGCGCUCCUUCUUUUGUGCACUGAUUGCCGCAUUCGUCCUUCGCUCGCUGACUCCUUUUGGUAACGAGCAUUCCGUGCUCUUUUUCGUUGAGUACAAUAAGCCCUGGAUAUUCUUCGAACUCAUUCCUUUUGUAUUCCUGGGAAUAAUGGGGGGUGUAAUUGGAACAUUCUUCAUCAAGGCCAAUUUGUGGUGGUGCCGCUACAGGAAGUUCAGCAAGCUGGGCCAGUAUCCCGUCAUGGAGGUGCUCUUUGUCACCCUGGUCACUGGCAUCAUUUGCUACCCCAAUCCCUUUACCCGCAUGAACAUGAACGAGUUAAUAUUCCUGUUGGUCAGCAAGUGCUCUCCCGGCGAUGUAACCAACCCAUUGUGCGAGUACAAGCGCAUGAACAUAACGAUGGGCAACAGUAUCAUUGAAGUCACAGAGCCAGGUCCGGGUGUCUACAGUUCCAUUUGGCUGCUGAUGCUUACCUUUAUUCUAAAACUGGCCCUGACCAUCUUUACGUUUGGCAUGAAAGUGCCGGCUGGCCUUUUUAUUCCGUCCCUGCUGCUGGGCGCCAUCAUGGGUCGCAUCGUGGGCAUUGGCGUGGAGCAAUUUGCCUACAGCUAUCCCAACAUCUGGUUCUUUACGGGCGAAUGUGCGGACAGCAAUCUCAUUACUCCAGGACUGUAUGCGGUGGUGGGAGCAGCAGCUGUAUUGGGUGGUGUCACUCGCAUGACCGUUUCCCUGGUGGUGAUCAUGUUCGAGCUGACAGGCGGAGUACGAUAUAUUGUGCCACUGAUGGCAGCUGCCAUGGCCUCCAAGUGGGUGGGCGAUGCUCUGGGCAGGCAAGGCAUCUACGAUGCGCACAUAGCGCUGAAUGGUUAUCCGUUCCUAGACAGCAAAGAAGAGUUUGCGCACACAACACUGGCCGCAGAUGUGAUGCAGCCAAAGCGCAAUGAAACUUUAAAUGUCAUCACACAAGACUCCAUGACGGUGGACGAUGUGGAGAACCUGCUUAAAGAAACCGAACACAAUGGCUAUCCUGUAGUGGUGUCCCGAGAGAAUCAAUAUUUGGUGGGCUUUGUGCUGCGCAGAGAUCUUAACUUGGCUAUAGGCAAUGGCAAACGCCUGAUCGAGGGCAUCAGCAGCAGCUCCAUAGUAUUAUUCACGUCGACCCAGCCCAUUCAAAAUCUGGGACCCCAGCCGCUUAAACUAAAGAAGAUCCUAGACAUGGCGCCGAUAACAGUGACGGAUCAAACGCCAAUGGAAACGGUAGUGGACAUGUUCCGCAAGCUGGGUCUGCGACAAACAUUAGUAACACAUAACGGUCGCCUACUCGGAGUAAUUACCAAGAAAGAUGUGCUGCGUCAUGUGAAGCAGAUGGAUAACGAAGACCCCAAUACAGUGCUCUUCAACUGAGUUCAUCAGCCAAUCAGAAGCUGGGCGAGCGCUGCUUCUAGUUAUUAUUAUGUGAACUAUCGCAAACAACAAUAUUUGAUAUGUGCAAAAUGCAGAUUGCAAUCUAAGCUUAAGUGAAAAGUUGAACGUGUGGAUGCAGAAUGGACUGAAGUGGAUAAGAGUGGAAACGCGUGAUUAGGACAGUUAGGAUCGGACGUUCGAACGUGAGAGAUUUAGCAAAAUUGUGUGCAGUUCUAUUAUAUAUUUAUAUAUCGUAUAUCUCGUUAAUGUUAAUUGCAUAAUUUAUUUUACUCUAGGCAAAUGGUUAUAAAAGAUGUGUAUUCAUUUAUUGCCAUUUUGUAAUUAUGUCAUUAUAACACUUUUUCUACACACCACAUGUUACUUUUAUAUGUCCACCUCGAGCCUAAUGAAGAGUGUAAACUAUGGAAUGAUUAGAAGUUGAUAUAAAGUACAUUUUAUUUUGUGAAUCGCUUGAGAAUUGCGCCGUUUUAACGAGAUCCCCCGGAGAAAAUCAGUCUUAUUUUUACGCAAUAUUGUCGAAAUGGCUUUAAGUUUUUAUGCAUUUUGUUCGAAAUUCUUCACAAAGAAACUCUUGUUUAUACAAUAUAUAGUCUAUAUUUACAUGUGGUAUUUGUUAGAGAUCUGAGAAAUUUUAAAAUAAACUCGUGUAAAUAGCAACCCUAAGAGAAGAUGAAACCGUACAUAUUAACAUAAGCAGUCAUGCAAAUAUAAGCGAUUAUUUCAAAACUGAGAACGAAA